AUGAACCCCAAGUACUUCCAAACAGCAAGGGGUCUUGGUGGCCCUGCAGUCUCCUUCCAUGGGGGUGUUUUCAUUCCGGAGAUGAGGACAGCAAGCAAGGAUAGCUGCAGACUGUACGAUCCCAGCAGUCUGUUAGAAGCCCUGGGAGUCCCGAAGCUUCGGGUCCGAUGUGAGAAAGGGCCCACGAUGUUCGUAAAAGCAAUGUGCUAUGGGGAGACACAGAGCACAUUGAAAACCUUAUGUUCGGCCGAUGGAAUCAAGGAGGUCCUUAUAAUGCAUGGGAAAGCUGUUAUUCGCUCCAUUUUAGCUCAGGGUCGUGUCAGUACUGCACUUCUUUGCCUUCCGAGUUCAAUUGGUGAAUCAGCUGAAGGUAGAGAGGACGACCCAGCCGAUGACAUGGAGAGUGGUUCGGACACCAUCGGGAGUGGUUCGAAGAACAUUUGGAGUGGUUCGGAGAACAUUGGGACAGCUGGACAUCCUUCUGGAGGCUUCCUUGCCCACCUCGUCACGAGGCACACCAAACUCCAAUCCGAACAUACCAAACUUGGAAACGACUUUACCAAACUGCAAACAACCUACACCAAACUGCAGGGGGAACAUGAGGAGAAAAAGCAGAGAGUUGAAUGCCUGGUCGACAAGAACAGAGCCAUGCAAGGAGAUCUUCUGCAGACUGGCCUCAUGGGUUUCCGAGGUUGGAAUGGGAGUCUCACCCACGAUCAGUUGCUGGCAAAAGGAGCACUGCCUACCAAGCGAGUCCUGGCCAACGACAAGAAAGGUGCCUUCAUCUUUGAAAAGGAGAACAAACAUGUGUAUCGAGCAGCAAAGCUCUACACUGAGUACCACAAGCUCACCGACCUUGAGGAUAUGGAGGUGAUUGACAUUGCUCUGAUGGUGAUGCGGGCUGUAGUUUCAGGAUGCCUGAGGCCCACUCACUGGCUCUGGGAAUUCAUCGCGAGUCAGUUACAGUUCUUUACGGUGAAGGACUACCGUGGGCGGAGAUGCAGCAUCUUCUCUUCUCGUGUUGCUGAGUUCUGGUUUGAAUUUGAGACCCGCUUUGGCGGUCGGGCUUACGAGUUUCUCGUCGGCAAAGGAUGGGCAGGAGUUGGGCGCAACGUGAUUUGUGCACAACACGCUCGGCUGCAGGAAAGUCUCGGAUUGCGCUACCUGGCCGGCGGCAUUGGGGUUGAUGAAACCGAUUACAGAAUCUCGACUGUUGAACAAGCCCUCAACGCAUUCGAGUUGAGCACACAGUUGUGCAUGGCACAAAUGAACGACGCACGAGACUUUGAAUACACAUGGGGCGACCCACGUUUGACGGUUCAAUUUACCCACUGGCUGCCGGAAUGUGAAAGCAAUCUCGUCGCCCUUCCAGCGCAGCUAACUGUGUACGCAGUCGGAGCGGAGAAACGGGUAACCACAAAACGACGCGAGAUCGAGACUCGUGCGAUUGCUUUUGAAGCAGGGACAUUGCUCACUGCACCUUCCAGUCAGCGCCCGGCAGCUGUGUUAGCAGCCUACGAAAGUGAUGCGGUCAAAACAAACAAUCUUUGCACCGCCGUGGAAAAAAUUCUUACCGAAUGCGCAAAUUGGCAGUUGAAGCUGGCGCAACCCCCCGACGUUACCGACAACCCCCUCGACCUUCUGCCGUCCACAUGGCUGUUACUGCAACACAAAGACGAAUUAGUCAGCCUAUGUCGGAAUGCGCUAGAGUACUUCCUUGCUGCACGGCUGCAUCUUUUGCCGAGGGCAAAGAAAUUACAGCUUUGGACCUUCGCCAACUCCCAGCGUUUGAAAUCACAGAUUGUCUUUGCCUGCUUUGUGGAAGCACCAAACCAUCAGCAGAAUACCGCAAUUCUUCGAGUUCUGCUCGAGGAAUUCCAGAAGCGCUCAAUUCCUGUUAUCUCUGUGUUGUGCGAUGGGGCAAGUCAUUCUCUUGCAACACGGGGGCUUGACCAGCCGAAAUUUAUUAAUGCGAUUUGGCGCGCCGAGCUGGAUGCGGUUGUGAAAGAGGGCAGGAAGAAAGCCGAGAUCGUGGAGUGUCUGAAGGAAGAGGCCCAUGAAUAUAUUCUGCAAUCCCGUGCUCAACAGUGGGAUGGCAUGCCCUACGGAAUCGGCACACGAUUUGUUCCACAUCUACCUGCGGGUUUGGAAACACUGCUGAGAAACUAUCGCAGUGAGGGUGCCCCAUUCUUUGCAACGCUACUUGAAACUCUACAUGUUUUUGGACGCAUAGACUUGGUCGGCAUCCCUGAGUUGCGAAACCUUCUGGAGAUUGUUGAGAUCUGGGCACUGACACAACAGGAAUGA